AGUUUCCAUCCAUCUUUCACCCGCGUCGGUCAUCAAGAUGUCUCUCGUGUUAGUUGUACUGCUCGUAACAGUCCUGCUGCUCUGCAUAGGUUAUGUGAAGCACAAGUACUCGUAUUGGGCUCGCCAGAAUGUCCCGUUUAUCGAGCCGCAGUUUCCGUACGGGAACUUCAAGGAUGGCAACAAAACAUCGAUCGCCGACAUGUCGAUUCAGCAGUACAAUGCAAUGAAGGAUUGCGGCUCGUUUUUUGGACUGUACUUCUUUCUUCAACCCCUGUUGAUGAUCACCGAUUUGGACCUGAUCAAGACGAUCUUCAUCAAGGACUUUAACUACUUCCCCGAUCGUGGAAUAUACCACAACGAAAGAGACGAGCCACUUAGUGGUCAUUUGUUCAGCAUCGAAGGUAACAAGUGGCGGUCGUUGCGAACUCGACUUACGCCGACGUUCACCUCGGGCAAGAUGAAGAUGAUGUUCCCCACUUUGAAGGCUGUUGGAGAUAACUUUGCUGAGUACCUGACAAAUAUGGUCGGAAGUGGCGCCGAGAUUGAAGUGAAGGACGGUGUGGCACGAUUCACCACAGAUGUGAUUGGAAGCUGUGCCUUUGGGAUCGAGUGUAACACGUUUCUGGAACCAAAAAGUCAAUUCAGAGAAUUUGGAAUUCAGGUAUUUGACGAUCCUUUGCAUUCGGGAAUGGUUCGGAUGUUUUUAAGACUGUUUCCUGAGCUAGGCAGGAAGCUCCGAAUCCGAUUGUUUAGAGAGGAAGCGGCCAGGUUUUUCCACAAACUUGUAGCCGACACGAUCGCGUACAGAGAGACGAACUCGGUGGAGCGGAACGAUUUCAUGAGCUUGCUGAUAGCCAUGAAAAACAAGGGGGAUCUCACGCUGGAUGAGACUGCUGCGCAGUCGUUUAUCUUCUUUCUAGCUGGGUUUGAGACGUCUUCUUCAAAUCAGACGUAUUGCUUGUAUGAGUUAGCAUUUAAGCCUGAAUAUCAAGAAAAGGCAAGAUCAUGUGUUUUGAAAGCAAUGGAGAAGCAUGGUGGAUUAACGUACGAGGCAGUUAACGAUAUGCAGUAUUUGGAUCAGUGCAUUAAUGAAACACUCCGUCUGUACCCUUCCGUACCGGUUCUGGAGCGGAAAACCUUCCAAGACUAUCGGAUUCCAAACACUGACGUAAUAAUCCCGAAGGGUAUGAAGGUACAAAUCCCGGUGUUUGCCAUCCAACGUGACGAGCAGUACUAUCCGAAUCCAGCGGUAUUCAAUCCGGACAGAUUCCACCCCGAUGAGAUGGCCAAACGGCACAUGUGUACUUUCUUAUCGUUCGGAGAGGGACCACGAAUCUGCAUCGGGUUGCGGUUUGGGAUGCUUCAAUCCAGAGUCGGACUGGCAACGGUGCUGAGCAAGUACCGGAUUAGUCCGUGCUCGCGGACGGCCAUUCCGCUGGAGUUCUCAGUUAGAUCGGGCGUGCUCCAGCCCAAGGAAGGACUGUGGUUGAAGGUUGAACCGUUGUAAAUUUGCAGGCAAUAAAAGAGGUUAAGCAAAGAUAA